CAUGUGAACUCAGCUAAAGCACAGGUGCCAGUCAAGUAUAGCUAAAUAGAGAUAGACCAAGAAUGGCCAAUGCUGUGGAUAGAGGUCUGAAGAGGUCUCACUGUCAAGAGCAGCCCUGGGCACUUGCAGGAAUGGAGGCCAGCAGUCCUGAGGUGAUGGUGUUUGAUGGGUUCCCUCAACGAAAGCUCCACUGUCCAGCUCAACCUGACAAUUAUCUGAUGGCGUUUCUGGAGCUAUUGGAUGAUGACAUCAUUCAAGAUUUCCUCUGGGUGGACGGAUGUGCCAAGCUAGCUGAUAAGUAUCUACUGGCCAUGGUGUUUGUGUACUUCAGAAGAGCCAAUCUCUCUCUCAAGGAAUUCGACCGACUCAACUUCUUUAUAGCAUUGUAUUUGGCCAAUGAUAUUGAGGAAGAUGAGGAAGAUGAGAAGUACGAGAUAUUCCCUUGGGCCAUUGGAGAGGACUGGAUGAGUCAGUUCCCCAAAUUCCUUCUAGCGAGAGACAGUCUGUGGAAUAGGAUGGGGUUCAGGGCCGUGGUCAGUAGGAGAACCUGUGAUGAGGUGAUAGGUAUGGUUCCAGGCCACCCUGCUUGGUUCAGGGAGAGACAGGCUCAUCAUGCUGGAGCACUCAGACCUUAUCUGAAGCCCCCCUCUCCACGUUAUGGCCGCCAGUCACCUGCCUACUGCCCACACUGUGCAUGCCCACAACCACUACUACCUAAGAGGGAUCUGCUUGAUGACAUUGAUGGACAACAAGGUCUGCUCAUGAUGGAAGCAAGAGAAGAGUGAAGUAACUCUAUAGCUAUAGUCAUACGAACCAGUGUCAUGCAUCAUGUGUAUGUGCACCUUUUUAACUCAUGUUACACUGAUUUUUACCUGAUCACUUAUUAUUCACUAUUGCUGACAAUCUCAUGACUAUUGAUACAUAAAUUAUAUGACCACA